GUACGCUACUUUUCUUUACUGUAUUGUGUACUGUACUGUGCUGUCCAAACUUGUGAAACACAGAUGUCUAUAAUUGGUUCAGAUUUGGUCCAUGAUAUUGCCAAAUAUAGGCCAGGCAGGACCCGGUACGUCUGUGGACGUUGAAAUCAAGGCCGGUCCAGACCGGACAAAAUCUGAACCAAACAUAGGCGUCUAAAUCAAGGCCAGUCCGGACUGCACCAUAAAAAGAAAGAAAAAAAGACUUUGCCAUCUGUAAAUGGCAGGUUGCCAUGGAUAUCACCACCAAGUAUUGCCAUAAGGAGAUGGAGAGCUAUGGGCAGUGUGUGGCCUCCCACCCGUCUACAUGGCAACGGCACUGUCAAGACCUGAAGAUGAAGGUGGCACAGUGUACCUCUUCACACCCUGUGAUCCAAAAGAUCCGGACAGACUGUUCCAAAGAGUUCACAGAGUUCGAACGCUGCUUACUAGAGAACCAGAACUCACCUACCUCCUGUUCAGCCCAUGUAGCACGCUUCCUCGGCUGUGCCGAGACAGUGGACCUUUCCGGAGUGGCAGUGAACCCGGUUCCUCAGCCCUGUUAGGACCCAGCAGUGACCAUCAUCCAUCCCUCUCAGAGAAGAUAUCUCCUUCCUGCAAUACUGAAGCCGGACUGCUCUAUCAAUCAUGGAUAAAUCAAUGCCCAUGGCAUUUUGACAACAUCCUGACUUUGUACAUGGAUAAACUGGACUCUUGUCCAUGGCUACUUUAGGAUUUGUCAAGAGAACUCGGAAUACUAGACAUUUACAAGUUACUGGGACAGAUUUCUGCCUGAGACUGUCAAGAAUCAAGAUGGGUUAUUUCUUGAAGUUCUUUCAUAACAAAUCAAAUUUUAUUUGUCACAUACACGUGUUUAGCAGAUGUUAUAGCGGGUGUAGCGAAAUGCUUGUGCU